CUGGGAUCGGCUGGCAGCCUAUCAGGCGAUAUCUUUCAUCAGAACAAAACAAAACAUACAUCGAGAAUUCAACCAUAACUACAUCAAGAACGCGACUAUUUCCAUCAUCGAAAGCUCUCUUUAUCCUGCUCAUUAAAAGUUCGUCUGGAUAAAACCAUGCCACCCACCAAAACUCUCAACGAUGAUAUCGAGAGCGGCCAAAGCCAGACAACCACUAUCAACGAGGAGACGCCGCUGUUGAUAAGCCAAACUGAUCAUCGAGCAGGGCCUGAUAAUGAUACUGUUGAGGAGGCAGAACAAGAUGAAAGAAGCAGAUAUACGCGUAGUUACUUUGCUUGGAGGAUAUUCUGGACUGUUGCUGCGAUCACAGUGACGGUUAUCUUUGUCAAGGCUUGGAUCGAUGCUGGGGCGGAUGUCAACUUCGACCUGAAGGGAGCGCUUAAACGGGCUUUGGGUGGUGGUAUAAGCGGUGCUGCGGCCAUGGUGCUUCAGGUGUUGCUUUUGAUGCCCUUACGAACCAUCAUGAACUAUCAAUACCGCUUCGGCACGUCGUUCACCACUGCUACCAAGACUCUCUACCGACAGGGUGGUCUCCGUCGGUACUACGAUGGAAUGGGAGCUGCUCUCUUUCAAGGACCAGCAGCCCGCUUCGGCGACACCGCCGCCAACGCCGGCAUCCACGCCCUCCUCCAAUCCAACUCCUUUCUCAAGCGCCUGCCCAUCACCAUCCAGGAUAUCUUCGCCUCGCUCUGCGCCGCCGCCUUCCGGAUGAUCCUGACACCCAUCGACACUUUGAAAACUACCCUCCAAGCUCAGGGACCCCGAGGCACCGCCAUUCUCCGGCAACGUAUCAAGACAGACGGCAUCGGCAGUCUCUGGUGGGGCGCCUUUGCGACGGCCGCGGCGACUUUUGUGGGUAACUACCCGUGGUAUGCGACGCAUGAUUAUUUGCUGGAGAUCAUACCGGAGCCGGCGAAGCACCCGUUGGGGAUCUGGUUGCUGAGAUUGGCGUUUGCGGGGUUCGUGGCGAGCGUGGUGAGCGACUCGGUGUCGAAUUCGUUGAGGGUGGUGAAGACGUAUCGGCAGGUUAACGAUAAGGAGGUCUCUUAUUCCGAAGCAGCGAGGCUGGUCAUUGUCAAUGAUGGCAUCAGGGGCUUGCUUGGCCGCGGAUUGAAGACGCGGAUUUUGUGCAAUGGCCUUCAGGGCUUGAUGUUUUCCAUUCUGUGGAAGUUGUUCCUUGAUUUGUGGAACAACAAGACUGCCCAUCUUUGAGUAGCAGUCAAGGUUUACAUCUGUCGCACUUUUGCACUGAAAUGAUCAGUCGGGGCACGCUGGCAGUCAUCGAACCAUUCAGGCAAUUGUGGCUGUCCGACACUCAGUGGACGUUUGUCUAUGGGUGACUACAACAGGCAGCAGCAGAGAAUUAUAGAAAUAUAAUAUGAUUGUUU